CUUGAGCAUACUACUACUACAACUACUAUUUAGAUUGGCAAUUAUCUUCAAAGGCACAAUUCCCAAAAACCAUGGCUUCUUCUUCCCCUCCUCUCCUCCUUUUUCUCCCUAUCCUUUCUCUCCUGUUUCCCUUCAUUUCUUCAUCAAACUCCCCCACAACAAUCCCUCUCUCACUUUUCAACACCAAUCCAAAUCAAGACUUUUACCAAAAGCUCACGCAUUUAGCUUCUGUUUCCUUAGCUAGAGCACAUCAUAUCAAGAAUUCCCAAGAUUCUUCUGUUUCCAAAAUCCCUUUAUACCCUCAUAGCUAUGGAGGUUACUCAAUUACUCUUGGAUUUGGUACUCCUCCUCAAAAAAUGUCUUUUAUUAUGGACACUGGCAGUAGCUUUGUUUGGUUCCCAUGUACUAAAAAAUACCAAUGUUCCAAAUGUCCUAUUUCUUCACAAAAUAUUCCUACAUUUGUUCCCAAGUUGUCAACUUCUGCUAAGGUUGUUGGAUGUUUGAAUCCAAAAUGUAGUUGGAUUCACCCCAAAACCAAUCCAAAAUCUCGUUGCCAAGAUUGUCAAUCACUCAACCCAUCAAAUUGCAAACAGAUUUGUCCACCUUAUAUGAUUCUAUAUGGUGCAGGUUCCACAGGUGGACUUGGCCUAGUUGAAACACUAGACUUACCUAACAAGAAAAUACCAAAUUUUCUUGUUGGUUGUUCUUUAUUUUCAUCUCAACAACCGGCUGGAAUCGCGGGUUUUGGUAGGGGAUUUUCAUCAUUGCCAAAUCAAUUAGGUGCCAAGAAAUUGUCUUAUUGUCUUGUGUCUCAUAGAUUUGAUGACACUAGCAAAAGUAGCAUGCUUGUUUUGGAUAGUUCUAAUGAAAAGUCAGCAAAUUUGAGCCAUACUCCUUUGCUGAAAAAUCCAGUGGUUGUUGGAAGAAAUGCAUUAUUAGAGUACUAUUAUGUUGGCCUAAGAAAAAUCACAGUUGGUGGGCAGAAAGUGAAAAUACCAUAUCAUUAUUUGACACCAAAUUCCAAAGGGGAUGGUGGGACUAUAGUGGAUUCGGGGACAACUUUCACAUUCUUGAAUCAUGGAAUUUUUGAGCCAGUGAUGAGUGCAUUUGUGAACCAAGUAAAGGGGUUUUCAAGAAUUGAGAAAAUUGAAAAAUUGACAGGUUUAAGGCCUUGUUUUAAUGUUUCAGGGCAUAAAACAGUGUCUUUGCCAGAGCUGAAGUUUCAUUUCAAAGGUGGUGCAGAAAUGGCAUUGCCAUUGGCUAAUUACUUCUCUAUAGUUGAGGAAAAUGAUGUGAUUUGUCUGACUAUGGUGGAGACCUAUUGGUGGAAGAGCAAGAGGAACAGUGGAAGAAGUAGGUUGCUAUGUUUUUUUGAAAUGCAAAGAUUCCUCGAAAAUAGUCUUUCUAUCUUUAUAAAAUAUUACUAUUUUUCGGAUCCCAUUUAUAAGAUUGCGCUAAGAGUGUUUGUUGGCGUAGCGGAAGAAGCAGGCUGAAAAAAAUAAAGGGAAGGAAAUUGCAUACUUUAUGAAGAUGUUUUUGUUGAUUUUACAAAAGGAAUAAUUCUCAGUAGCUCAUAGUUUUAUUUCA